AUGACCUCUUCACCGGACCAGGCCAAUGGGUCGCGACCAGAAACUGACCCAAGCUCGUCAUACCAUGAACACUAUCAUGGCUUGCAGACUGGCUCAUAUACAGACCAGCAGCUGCGUCAUGCUUCUGCCAACCAUUUGCAUAUGACGAACCGGCGAUUUUUCGUUGGUCCAAUUCCAGAAGGCUGGCUGCAAGGUCAUCGCAAGUCCUGGUAUAAAUCUCGACUGAAAGUCAGGAACUAUACAUCACAGAACAUCUCCUUCUCUGCAGGCCCUGUUGCGACCCACUACAGUGAACAUGGCGGUCGGCCCGACCCAUCGUCACCCGAUUUAGACGAGGAGGUUGCCUUAGCGCUCACCAACACAAGCACGCAGGCCGCCGAGGCGCAAUGUGAUGAGAUCGAAACAGAGGCACGGGAAGAAGCUACAGCAGAGCCUGUGGGGGAACUGCAGACCAUAACCCACCCUGAAGCCGAGGCCAGUAUUGACGACCCCUUGCCGGAAGAUGCCACAGAGAUCAGGGAACAUAGCGGGGAAGAUAAUGCAGAAUACAGCCAGGGGAGUGGCAUAGAGGACAACGCAGAGGACAGCGGAGAGGACAGCGGAGAGGACAGCGGAGAGGACAGCGGAGAGGAUACAGACAGCACCCCCAAAGCCAGAACAAGGGGGCAAUACGACAUGUACGGCAACGAUCUUGCUUCGUCUUCGUUUGUCACCGCCAGAGAAGAGGCCGCCAGCUCUGCAGACACGGUACAAUCGAUAGCCACGAUACAAGCUAGCAGAUCGGAACCGCCUGAGCGGCGACCAAAGUCCCGCGGCUCACAUAACACAAGUUUAACCGGUCACUUUUCUCCCAGCACUCUUACCCCCAAUCCAUCCGCGGUUCCAAGCGAGGCCGAUUCGACAACUCAGCUUCUUCGAAGCAGGUAUAAGGACAAAGGGAAGCAAAAAAGCAAGGCAUCUGGUAUAUCUCGAGCAACGCUUCAACACCACGACCCACAAGAUGAAGAUGAUACUGGCGAAGAUGCGCAUGUCCAACGGAGACUCACUAGGAAGAUGGCAAAAUUCAACCUAAAUGACAACAUCGGACACAGGCAGCAAAAAAUGCGCUCCAAGAUUGCAAAGACCCAAGGUACUAUCUCUGCCAAUCGACCGCACCGACGAAAGGUGCAAGAUGGGGAGAUUGUUAAAGCGGAAAAAAUGCUGGUCUGUGUGGAGGAGACUAUGCAGGAUACACUUCCGGCCGAUUACACCGAGAAUGACAGCCUGCGCAUGGAAACACGGACAGUGGACAAGUGGAGGGAGUUCCUCGUCGUAUGCCGCAAAAGCUCUGUAGAGCAUACGCCAUUCGCCAUUCAGAUGUACCGCACUCGUGUAAUUCCUGAUGUACAACGUUCGGACAGCAAAACACCUCCUUAUUACGAAGUACGGCUCAACCACAAAACUACCCAUGUUAACUUCUAUUCUCCCCUCGACAAGACCAUCGUUAUUUGGCAUCCCCUCAAGCGUGGAACCAAAAUAUUCAUCCUCCGUCCAAAGUCUGCGGCACACUCUGCUGAAUGGUACACUUUCAUUCUCCAGGUACUUGGCUGGCGGCGUCCCACCUCACUGCCUAUCCACGUCCCUGAUCUUGGGGUUUCCCUCAUUUUCAAAAAUCCUUUCAGCCAGCUCGAGGCAGGACUGAAAGCAGAUAAUUCUGAUAGCGAGCAUUCAGUAGCAGUUGAUAACAAAUUUGCUGCCGCUACCAUCAUCCGAGGAUGCAUGGAUAUGCUCGAAGGCCGCGCCGAGUGGGCCGAGGUCUUGAAAGCUUGGUCCAAGACCGAGAAGAUGGGACUUGCUUGGAAGCGGUACGACCGCCUUGAAUGGGUAUUUGGAGCCAAUGAAGAAAAGAUGUAUGGGACCAUUGGGAUGCAAUCAUCUCAUGAGCUUGAAUUACGACCAAGAUAUCAUUACUCUACUACAAUCAGGCACCGGGGUAUACAGGAGGAGCCUGCCCCGAUCGAAGGAUUUCUAGUCCGUCUUACAUCCCAGAAGGGUGUGCAUCAGCGGAAGAACAAGAUGUUCUUCAAACGACUGUACUUCUUUACCCAAGAUCAUUAUUUGUUUUUCUGUCGGCCAGCCAAGGCAAUGCCCCCGCCACCGCCGAAAUGUGCUCCCCCAGAAGACGGUAGUGUGCCAACUGCCCGUGAAAUCUUGGGUCAAAUGCCGCUUUCAUGGGAUAUCGAUCCUUAUCCACUUGAAAGUGGACAGAUUUCAUGGCUUUCCAGCGGGAAUCAGGAAUUCGUCAAACGGCACGAUGAAGAGGCAUAUGCACAUGUGCAGAGGAAUGUACACAAUAUCAGCCAAUCGGAUGGGUAUAUCGAUAUGUGUCGGGUGCAAGAGGUCCGCAAUGUCUAUCGUGGCAGCUGCCCUGCUGAUCCUAACAUCCGGGAAGGACCUUCUGUGGACUUCAACCGUGAACCCAGAGACUCACGACAGGAUGACGGAGCAACGCGAGAGUUCGAUGACGAUAGGACAUUUGAAAUGGUUCUGGAUAAUGGUCUUGUCAUUCGACUCCAGGCAUACGAUGAUGCCACACGGGAUGAGUGGGUCAAACGGCUCGAUGCGCUUGUGAAGUAUUGGCACACUCGCUGCACAGGCGAUGCCGCAGAGCUGCAGGCCGUGCGGCAGCGUAAUCUCAAGCUGUUGGAUAUCGACGAAGCUAUGGAAUCUGUUAUCGGGCAGUUCGCGAAGAAGUGGGAAGUGAAGAAAGCCGAGGCAUCUCCACACUUGCACAACAUGUGCUCCCUGUCUGGUUGUAGGACUAUCAAGAUGUCCGGCGACCUCUAUCGCAAACCCCGUCGCCAUACAACUUUCCACCAAUGCCAUGUCAUCCUCACAGCAGGCAAGCUGUUAAUUUUCCGAAGCACACUGCGCAGACGAAACGGCACCGAGAUUCCACACAUUCAUCAAGAACUUGAAGCAACUAUUGAACUGGAAGAUUGCUAUAUUUAUUCUGGCUUGAUUACCGAGAAUGACUUGCUGUAUGCCAAUCAAACAUUCGACAGCAAUAACCCUGGUCUUCAUGCUCUGCCGCGGGUGUACCUCGAUUCAGAUGCCUUCACAAGUCGCGACGAGGACGCCGCUAUCACCUUCGUGGUCUGGCAACCCUUGAGUAAGAGUUACUUCCGAGCCCAGGAAAUAGGGGAGCAAGGCAAAGCCAAAAGAUCCUUGCGUCAUGUGUCCACGCUGGGCAAGCAUGGCCGUACCAUCGUGUUUAAAGCACGUAGUCGUGUGGAAAAGGAUCGUUGGGUGAUGAGUAUUUCCUCGGAAAUUGACCGUCUUCAGGAAGAGAAACAUGAAGAUAUACGGCUUGUUUCUCUCUAA